GGGGCUGGCUUAUUCCCAACUGGGACUUUUGUUUUUGUUUUCCCUGGCCAUGGUUCAGAGUCAUGUGACUGCAUGGCAGCUCAACACAGCAGAGCAGGGAGGAAAGUGCUGUCAGGUGUUGGUGCCAUUGUUGUUACCAUCCCCCAAAGUCAGUGUGAGUAUGCCAGAGGGGACAACAUCACACUGCCCUGCUCCUUUACAACUACAGCUCCCAUAAACUCCCAGACAUUAGUCAUCAUCACCUGGUCUGUUUUUAGUCAGCAAACACCCAUUGAAGAGACCCGGAUCAUCACCUACUAUCAUGGCCCUUCCCCAGCUACUGACAUAGACACUGACUAUGAAGGUCGGGUGUCCCUGGAUGUAGAUGUCACUCAGGGAAAGGCUAACCUGAAGCUUUCCUCCAUCUCACUAGCUGACAAUAGAAAUUUUGAGUGUCGUGUGCAGACCCCAGGUGACAAGAAGGGCAAACAAACUGCCAUCACAAACUUGGUGGUUCUAGUGGCCCCCUCUACACCCGUCUGUAAGAUCCAGGGAACAGCACAGUAUGGCCAGAAUAUCACCUUAACCUGUGCAUCUGCAGGAGGAUCUCCAACGCCCACUUAUAGCUGGAAACGUUAUUGUGAGCAUAAUCAGCCAGUUCCUCAAGACCCCCAAACCACUGACAGUGUCUUCCCUCCAUCCAGCUCCGGCGUCCAAGUGUUUGUGAGAGAUGAGAAGAAGUAUGCUGUGCUGUUCCAGUCAGUGGUUCUGCCGUGCCAGUACACCACCGUGUCCUACCAAACCGCCGUGGUGCAGUGGGUCUACAAGUCGUACUGUCGUGACCGCACCAGGGAUUCAUUUAGCUUUCCCGACAACUUGGGCGGAAGCCUGGGUGGGGGAGGGCUGACAAGCGGAACGGGAGGAAUCAGCGGAGGGUACGAGAAGGGGAUGACAGCCAGCUACCUCGACUGCUCUGACAACAGUCGGACCGUCCGAACUGUGGCUUCCAUCUCUGGUUCCUCAGUCACAUUGUCAGAGUACUACAAGAACAGAGACAUCUCCAUCAUUAACAAGGCUGACCUGAGGAUAGGAGAGGUCCAGUGGGGAGACAGUGGAGUAUACAUCUGCAAAGUGGUCAUAUCUGAUGACCUGGAGGGACAGAACGAAGCGUCUGUGGAGCUUUUGGUUCUUGAGUGGGUGUUUGUGGUGGCAGUGGCACUUGGCAGUGUGUUAUUCCUGCUCUUGAUUGGAGUUUGUUGGUGUCAGUGUUGCCCUCACUCCUGCUGCUGCUACGUCAGCUGCUGGUGCUGCCCCGACACGUGCUGCUGCCCCAGACACUUGUAUGAGGCAGGAAAAGGUAUAAAGACAACCACCUCCUCACCUCAGACACCUCCCUACCCACCGUAUUUCGUCUCUGGUGUCCCAACCAUGGUCCCAAUUGCUCCUCCCUCUCUGGUGGACAAGAUAUCUUCAGUCCCUGGCUCAGAUGGGACCCUACUCACAGCAGUGCCCAUGCACGCUGUAGGGGUUCCCUACCGCGUGCCUUCACCUCAGGAUCAGGAUUCUCUCAGGGUGCUGCAGUAUGUAGAGAAACAGCUGGCUCACUUCAACCCUGCCAGGUCCACCAGCCACCAGUCCUGUGCCCUGUCUGAACUGAGCUCCCUCCAUGAGGGAGAAAGUGGCUUCCGCCAAACAUAUCGCAACAUCCAGAAGAACGCUCUGCCAGCCAUCCCCGAUCACGACACUCAGCCUGAACCUCAGCGCUACCGUGAAAACCGCAGUCCGGAGCCAGAGAGUUACCGCGAUAAUCCCCCAUCUCCCCACCAUUAUCAUGAUGACCCUGACCCAGAGCCUCGCCACGUACGGGACGAGCCUCUUCCUCUGCGGCGAUACAGCGAUGACCCUCCAUCUUCGUCUCAGUCGCGCAGGCUCGGACGGAAUCAGCGGCAGCAAAACCACAACAAUGAGGAAAACCACAACAGGUGGAACCCUCGCUCUGAACAUCUUCACAGGAAAACAUACCGAACUGCAGGGCGAACCGGAUCACUGGACGAGCUGGAGGAGUUUGCUGCUUGUUACAAGCAGAGAGGAGGCAGAGGGGCAGAGAGGAGGGACGAAGAACAGCGAGAGUAUGAGAUGGAGCAUCUGGAGUACAGCCGAUACCCUUCUCACCGAGAUGCCCCACCUCAGCAUUAUCACAGUAAUGAACAUGAGGUUGAGGACAUCAGCGACCGCGAAGAGCAACCCAGGCGGAUCAAGAAAAACAGACAUGACAUCAGCCCACUACCUUCACCCAAAAAGAGGAGGGACACGUCAGACAGGGAGCGCGCCGUCCCACCUCCUCCCACAGCAGGUCCACCUUCAACUUCUUCUCAAGAGAAGGACUAUGAUGUUACCUUCCUCAACAGCCUGCUGGACCGUAAAGCUAAGUUGCGAGGGGUUACCCAGGGGAGGACUGGGGCCCGGGGUGAUGAAGAUUCAGACACACCCUCGAAGAGCAGCCUGAAAAAGAGCAGCGGGGAAUCCAGUCGGCACUGCAGUCGCUCACCUAGUAACAGGCCCGACGCAGAUUUGCUGCCUUCUCACACGGAGACAGAGCGAGUAAGAACUGACAGGUCGUCACCAGGAAACACUCACUCCCCUCAGCCGCCCGUUCAUUCCUUAGCGAGUCACAGAGAGGAUCCCAGAAACAAGUCCAGGAAAGUGAGCACUCUCCUCAGCCGAGACUCCCUUAUCGUCUGAUGGACUUCAGUCUUCAGUACAGACUGAAAGCGUUGUGCAGCCUUGAUGCUCUACAGGAACUGCUUGUCAGCUGAUAAAAGAUGACAAACGUGGAUUCAUAAAGAUAACGUCAAGGACAGCAGACUGUGGGAGAGCUGAAUCAGUACUGAUGAGUGAAGACAAGGACAGCAGAGGCACCCGAGAUUGUUACUCAGCUGCUUGUGAUGUCAUGGUGAAGUCACUGGCUGUGUGUUAUGUGGACUAAGACUGAGCUAAUGCGUGCAGGGAGUAUGACCUGGACCGUUCCUGCGAGCAGUGUGCUGUUGGUCUCCCCUUGUUCCUGUCAGAAAAGGCUCUGAAGCAGAGAGAUUUACAUUACACUUUCAGCACAAUGCAUGCAUUCAUUUCCAUCUGAUGAGUUACGUGAAUGAAAAAGAACUGCUGUAGCAUGACAACGGUAUGACAGCACGGUUAUUGUAAAGGACCGCUGUGUCAUUCUGUAGUAUAUUCAGGGACUAAGGCACCUUAGUCAGAAAGCUUCUGCAGCAGUAAUCAGUAUUACCAAAUGUUUACGCUUAUUUAUUUUAUGGGACAGUGGACAUUAAUGAAACAACAGUGUUUAACUAAAAUGACCAAAGGAGGUAAAGCUUUUUCUACUUAAAAUAAGGAUAAAAAUAGGAGAAAUAAGACAGUGCUGACAAUAUGACACGGCACCAGCAAUCUGAAACAACACAAACAAUUAAAGACUGUCAACAAGUUCCCCCUUAGUAGAUCGAAUGCAAAAGUGAUGCUGACUAACAAAUUCUUUAAACGCUUUAGCUUCCCUCUCAUCAGAGCGGGGAUAAACACACUGUUCAGCACCAAAUCACUUAGAGGCACAGUUAGUGAUUAGAUGGUGGACAUAGUGGAGGUUCUCAAAAGUCAGAGAGGAACAAAGCAGAGCUACACGAGAAGAAUAUCUAACAUAAAUUCCUUAUUUGGGUAAAAACACAACUCUAAAUAAAUGGUAACUUGUGGUAACUUCGACUGAUAUAGUCACUUAUACAAAUGAGGUUUGUAAUAUAAGGUUUAAUUCCAUGUAGCAACAUGUAUCAGCUAGAAACGUCUGAAUUGAUUUAGUUUCGUAUGUCUAUUAUUAAAAGUUUAUAGCAACAGGAUACCUCAGAAUGGGCCUCUUGUAGAUGGUUACAAAUGUGAGCAUUAAGCUGUCUGUAUAUAAUCUGUAAAUGACCUAAUAUGACAGAAAUCUAUGCAUUUUUAAACAUUUUAAAAUACCUGUUAAGUCUGGAUAAAAAAAACUGUAUUAAAAAGACAAUGAUUUUUCAUCACUGUGUGAACGAAACACCCAGAAAAGAAGUAGAAGCACCAGAAGAGGCCUAAUAAUCUGUUCCCAAACAGCAAAAGUAUAUUUUGAUGGUGAGAAAUAAGAAAUGGUUUUGAAAAUCAGUCAUAACUCAUAAAGCUGCACUGACGCAGCACUAAAGUGAUGAAGGUGUGGACUAACCUAUACUGACCUCUGACCCAAAUAUGACCCACAUUUGCUGUAGCAUUAGCAGCGGUGAUGCAGUUAACCCCAGUGCAGUUUUGUAACAUCACUAAUGACGGGUAUAUAUUUACAUGAUACAUGCUAAAACAUGAUUCCCAUCAAAAUAUUUUAAUAUACAACAGUACAUGACAAACUGAAACUGUAUGAAAUUAGUGAAAAAUGAGGGAAUUGUUAAUGACCCCCUCCCCUCGCAAAGAAAAACGACAACAACAACUUUUUUUUUCACUAUAUGAAUCCCAUUGGAAAUUCCCCCCAAAUUAGUUUUAGAGAUUUAAUCAUAGGUCAAGAUUAUUAUGCAACAGUAACAUUACUUUGUGGAGCUUUCCCUCCUCUAAUAAAAACAUGUUACAAUGUAUAACUAAAAGUUACAUUUUGUAUUGUCUGUAAACAUUUAAAGGUAUUGAACUGCAAUUUGCCUUUGAAAGAUUUUUGUACUACACUUUUGUACGGAACUGUUUGUGCACAUGGUGUGUUUGUGUUUAAAAUUUGUAAAUGAUCUUGUGUGUGUAAGCACUCAAGUGCGUACAUAAGAUGAAUUCUGUAUUUCUUUCACCAUAAUUCAGCCAUUGCUUAUCACUGUUGAGUGAGCACUUAAACCAACUCAGUGUUAUCAGCAGCCACACACUAAGCGUGCUUUAUGGAACGGUCAUAUCAGAUAUUUUGUUCUAAUAUUACACUGUCCAGUAAUUCAUCGCUCCCAUGUUGGUGACACCUGUGUAAUUAUUUUUUUAAUGGUUGGUGAAAAAUUCUCCCUUUGUUUUCUCUUGUGUUUGGUACAGACAACUCUUUGUGCGGGAGUUAGCAGGAAUGAGAGAGAUGACUUUAUUUUUCUGUUAAGGAGACAAUGUGUGAUUGCGUAUGACUCAUGUCUUUGUUCAUUGUUUUAAUCACAGACUGCCUGUCUUGACUACACAGCUGGCUCGACACUCACAUAUCGGGUCUUCCAGCUAAGCCGCAGAUAUUGUCCCUGUUUCUCGCCGACAUACCACAUUUGUUACAAUUGCAGACAAUAGGUUGCUGAAGUGCCUACUUGCAGGGUGGCAAACAUUAAGGCCAGCAGUGUUUGACUACGCAGCAAAAUAAAGUCUGCAGAAA